AUGGAGGACCGAGGUCUCCAGCGGUCUGGAGCAGUCGCCAUCGAUCUAGCGCUCUACGCGACUUCCGCUAGGGGAACGCUUCCGCCGCGUCUCGCCGCCGUCUCUUUGAUCGCUUCAUCCUCCAUCCCGGCAUCACCGGAAUGGCACCACCUCGCCCUUCCAUCACGGCCCAAUGCCUUCAUCCCGUUGCUUCCUCCCAAACCCCAAAGUCCCGCCGCCGAUGCGACACGCCAGCCGGUGUUCGUAGCCGGUGAUGCCGAGGCCACAUCGGCUGGGAAGCCGAAACGUCCUGAGGCGAACUCCGGUCUUCCUCGUCAUCGGCGUCCUGUUCACCUGCAACCUAUUCGGCCUCUUGAUCUUCAACCGCCUAGAACACUCGUCGCAGAACAGUCCGUCGGACAAGCACCCGAACAAACGACCGCACCAAACCACCGCUGGAGGUACGGACAAUCGGGCGACGUCCUCUUGGGAGCAACCGAAGACCACGUCCACAUCCUAGACGUCCUAGCCAGCAGGGCACCCUUCAAGUUCGACGUCGACAAGCAGUCGCUUGAUGCCAGCCGCAAGUACAAGAUCGCCCGUAGGUUCCUGUCGCCCCAAGUGGAACUAGGACCUCAAGACGGUGGCGGAGACGUCUGUCUCGCGACGCAGGGCUCCCUAGACCGCCUCUCCUGGCUCGUCGACCUUGUCCAGCUCUGGAACGGGCCGGUGUCCCUGGCGGUCUUCGUAGCCAACUCGGCGCAGUUCCAAGCCGUCAAGGUGUAUCUCUCCCUCAUCCGUUCCUGCUCGGAAGCCAUCAAGGCCAACAUGCGAGUGGAUCUGGUGUAUCCGGCUGACGAGAACCUGACCAGGAAGACCGUGUGGUCGGACGAACUCGGCUCCGAUUUUUCUUGCGGCACCCACGCCGUUCUCCUGAAGGUUCUACAGAACGUCGGCAAGACGAAAGUUGUCAAGGGAAGUGCCAAACAGAUGCUCUACCCUCAGAACCAUCUCCGGAACGUGGCCAGGGACGGCUGCGCCCAGAGGUACUUCUUUCUCACGGACAUCGACAUUAUGCCCAAGCCGGGACUCUGGGAGGAACUGUCCGACUUCUUCGGGCGGACCCUUCCGUGUACAAAGUGCGUGUUUGUGGUGCCCACUUACGAGAUGUCCGAGACUGCGCCGGUGCCCAGGACGAAACGGGAGCUUUUGCACCUUGUCCGGCGGAAGGAGGCGAGGCCUUUCCACCAGAAGUCCUUCAUCCACAACCAAUACGCCACGAACCACGGCAUGUGGGAAGGCCUGAAGCAGCGCGGCGACGGACUGCGUGCCGCGUACAGCGUGAAGAGGUACGAGUUCUUCUACGAACCUUUCUAUGUGGCCGCCAAAGACGUGCCGCGCUAUGACGAGAGGUUCGUCGGCUACGGGUUCACCAGGAACACUCAGGUGUACGAGACCCACCUGGCCGGGUUCGAGUUCUGGGUGCUGGACGAAGCCUUCGCCGUGCAUCGCGGCAUGCGGAACAAGCGCUCCAUGGGCUACUGGAGGGAGCGCCAGAACGCCCUGAACCGGAGGCGCUUCGUCGUCUUCCAAAGGGACAUGAAGAGGAAGUACCGGCUCACAACGAAGAAGGCCACGGCACCCGCUCCGACGACCAGCAAGACGCCGUCGUCGUUCUCCAAAAUGCUACAGGGUUCUCUCGGACUAGCGCCUUCGUCUUGAACUAGCUCUUACGGUCUCUUGCAACGUAAGAUCGAGGGAAGAGGCUCUGCCCACAACGAGCCAAGCUCAGCCGCACAUGAGGCGGUGGACCAGCAGUUAAUCUCCUGGUGAACUAAGGUACAGUGGCAUGCGCGAGACACCACUGAGCUCACUCUAAGCAACUGCAUACGUAUGUGGCUAUGGGCCAUUCCAAUAGGCGCCUUCGUGAGUCGCCAUCUUUGUUUUCAGGGCUGUGGAACGGAUUCUGAGCAUGCCGAGUAGCUCUCUCCUGCGCAACAUCGGACGCGGUUUACAUGCAUCCUCAUGUCAAUGGUAACUUGACCUAAAUCCUAUUUUGUAUUGCCAGGAAAAAAAAAAAGUUCGUUUUUAUUGAGUUGAGGAUAUCAUUUUUCUCUGGCAGUUUGAAGGCGGUAUUUUUCCUGUAGUAGACCUUACCUUUAACAGGAUCAGCAAGCUCUUGUCUGGCGGCCAUACCUGUGUGCGAUCUGUGGUCAAGCGCACGGGGAAGCGAGUUGUUCGCCAGAUUCCUUAUCGUCAAAACUCUUGAUCGUGGCAGACCACAUAAAUUGCCUUGCUUACAG